AACUACUAAAUGCACUUCAAAUAUCGACCCUAGGUAUAUACGACUUUGGGAGUGUUUACGUUACAGCGAUCAGUGGUGCUAGUAGGCUCCAGUUGAUCGUUCAGCUCCACUUAGAGCUUUGCAUGCCAUUCAUACCAAUUCACGCAACGAUUCGCCGGGCCUCUAUUUGCUCGUUUUCAUGUUAUGACCCUGCGCGUCUGUUAGGUCUUGCCCAACCCUCACCAAUAUCAGCCGUCACGUUCGUUCGACAAUUUUAUUCCCUUCGAAAUCCUUCACCAAGCUGCGGGAUGCUGGCGAGAGAGGUCAGCCGGCAUAAGGCCGCAAGUACUCCCUCCCAGUCUCUCUCGCAGCAAUUGUUUCCCUCAAGUAGUCCCAGUUCCCCUCAACACGCUGGCAAUGGACAAUAUUCAAAACGCCCGACUAAGCAACCGACGAUAACUGGAUCCAUUAGCAUCCUCAACCCGACAAACUCCUCUGUUCUGAAUUUCUCGAGCCAGCCAACUGCGCAACCGAUGGUGCAGAAUAAGGCCCCGCACCGUUCAAUACAGACAUCACGACUCGCAGACACCCUUGAUCGAUCAGAUUCUUUUCACGAUGUUCCCGCCAGCAGACCGGUAGCCAAAGUGGAGACGGAGACUAAUCCGCUAGCACAACUCCAUGAGGCUGUAUACUUUGACGAGAACGACUUUGUCGACGAUGACGAGUUAAACUUAGAUGACGAUGAUUCGAUUAAUAAUUUGAGGCCUCAACAGAAGGCGGCGGAACCCAUGUCGAAACCACCAUUGCCCCCAGUGCAUAAUUCACAGGCCCCUUUACACCCCUCGAGGCCCGCUGCUCAAUCCAAAAAUGUUAUUACCAUUGACGACGACGAGCCGCCUCCCCCUCCAAGCAGCAUCCCAAUACCGUGGUCUUCCUCACCGCUAGAGCAUCUAACGGCUCAAGCCAAUAAACCAUUAUCAAUGGGUAAUCCUGAACGAGGAUAUGCUGGAGCGCAACCAAGUGUUUCAAACAUGAUGAUUUCCGAUAGGCGUCCUAAACCUCUGGCACGGAAGUCGUCGGAUAGUGACAGCCCGUGGGGAUGUAAAGAAGUGUCCGACUCAGUCUCUCGGCCCAGCAAGAGACGAAGUGGAACACUUGAGGAGUCCAACUCGGAUUUACUCUCAGGUAGAUCUAUGCCACGUGAAUCGAGCCAUCGUGAGGCUCUGGAGACCUCCUCGGUGGACGCUGCCGGUCGGCCCCCAAAGAAGAGAACAAUACCUUGGCUUGGGACAGGGGAUCAGAAUGAGCACAUGGAUGGUGAAGCAGAACACAGCAUGAACACUUCCAAACAUCAAAGAGUGCCGUUGAAUAAAUCACGCGAUGAAGACCUUACCAAAACACCUCAUAUGAGACAGAAGAAUUCCGACCCCGUGUAUGCUUGGGAAAAGACUGCAAGCGCAGUCAAGGAGGAACAGAAGCGGUUGAGGCAGACGAACAGAAAGUCGACUCUCACCACCAAGGCUGAUGAGGAGUUCGCACCUGAGCAGGAUGAGAAUUUACAGAUGCCAAAGAAAAGGGGCAAGAACGUUGUGCCGGCCCCAAUUUUCCUAAGUGACGAGCAACAGCGGGUCUUAGACAUGGUUGUAAAUAAGAACAAGAGCGUUUUCUACACGGGCUCUGCAGGUAAGCCGCUAGGUGCUCAUUGAGCAUAUCUCAAUGUGCUGACUGACGAAUUCAGGAACGGGAAAAUCGGUCUUGCUGAGAGAGAUUAUUUCAGCGCUUCGUCGAAAGUAUAUUCGUGAGCCGGACCGCGUUGCGGUGACAGCGUCCACUGGGUUGGCCGCAUGUAAU